AUGGCAAACGCUAAAACGUCGCGCAGCGCCGACACGGCCGCGCGGCCACGCCCUUUUAGCCGGCGCUUGUUCUGGCUUGGAUUUGGAGUACCUCUUGCUGCAUUUACAGGCUGGCACUUGUACCGGUACACAGGCAGCGUGCAGCUGCAGCGAGCGACGGAGCGCGUUGCAGAUGUGCUGCCAGAAGACCUUGACACGGAGCGUGUGCCCAUGGUCGAAUUUCCUAUUCCCGAGGAGCGCGCACUUCCAAGCGAACCGCUACGUAAGGCAGACCCCGCCCGGCGCGACGCGGUCCUUGAGGCGUUUGAUCAAUCGUGGAAUGCAUACGCAACCAAUGCAUGGGGCGAUGACGAAUACCAUCCGCUCUCGCGCUCUGGCAGCAAUCUGCUGGGGCCGCGCGAGAACAAGGUCGGGUACACGAUCGUUGAUACACUCGAUUCUCUGAUCCUGAUGCACCGUGCCGAUGCGUACGCCAAAGCGCGCGAUUGGAUCCGCGACGAACUGCACUGGGACGUCGACGGGCGGCUCAACGUGUUUGAGACCACGAUCCGGCUCCUCGGCGGCCUAUUGUCCGCGUCUGCGCUUAUGAAGAACCCGCCGCCAGGCGCACUGCCCGCGUCCGUAGUAGAUGCCGAGCUUUUCCUUGCCAAAGCCGAGGCGCUCGGCCAGCGUCUGCUCCCUGCUUUUGACACGCCUUCGGGGAUCCCAAAGCGCGAAGUGAAUUUGCGUACGGGCGAAUCAUUUUUCGACACAGACAACCAGAAUGCAAGCAGUCUUGCGGAGGCGACCACGAUCCAGCUCGAAUUCAAGUACCUGGCGCACCUCACCGGGAACAAGAAGUUUUGGGAUGUUGCUGAGCGCCCAAUGUACCAUGCCCGUAUCGCCUCCGAGAAGCCCAAUGCGGGUAUUCUGCCCAUCUUUAUGCAGCCGCAAACCGGCCAAUUUUUCCUUGCUGAGAUCCGGCUUGGGUCGCGCGGCGAUUCCUACUACGAGUACCUUGUCAAGCAGUACCUGCAAACGAACCGCACCGAGCAUGUAUACCGCGCCAUGUACGAGCACGCGUUCGAUUGGAUCAAGACGUCGCUGCUUGAGCAUGGCAGGCGCACCGAGCCCCCCCUGCUCUUCACCGUCGAGCUUUUUCCGCGGGGCGUGAGUGUGGACGACUUUGAGUGGACGAGGCUGCAAAAACAGGAUCACCUGGUCUGUUUCCUGGGCGGCGCAAUGAUGCUCGGCGCUGCCGCAUCGUCGGGUCCGAUUGUGCCGCCGAUUGCUUCACCACGCAAAUCCGCCGCGGAGAUCGAGGACUGGGACGUGGGCUACGAAAUUACAAGGACGUGUGUGUAUACGUACGCCGAAACGGCGACGGGCCUCGCCAGCGAGAUUGUGCUUUUCCGCGACCCUGUAGACUCGUUCGAGGGUACGCGCGAGUUCGUGAUUAAGCGCCGCAAACCCCAAUACGAGGGCGAGCAAGUCGAGCCGCUAAUUGACGCGCGCAAUAUUUUGCGGCCAGAAACGGUCGAGUCGCUUUAUGUCGGCUUCCAGCUCACCGGCGACCCUAUCUACCGCGAGUGGGGAUGGCACAUUUUUGAAUCCUUCCGCACGCACUGCCAAGUCGAUGGCGGCGCCGGAGGAUAUGCGGGCAUCGACGAUGUGGAUGCUGCGAACCCAAAACUGAUCGACCGUAUGGAGACUUUCUGGCUCUCUGAGACUCUCAAGUACCUCUACCUGCUGUUCUCCGACCGCGACACUCUACAGCCGACUGAGUGGGUGCUUAACACGGAAGCACACCCCCUCCCUGUCUUCACGCCAACAUUUCCCACAUCGCUCACGUAG